CUUAUUGCUUUGUUCUAUUGAAUUCGGGAAAAUCUGUUAUUGACAUUCACAGCUACCCUCAGGUAAGCCCGUAGAGGUGCCUAUUGUAUUCACAAUGUCCGUUGCCUAAGUGAUAAUGCGUCUUCAAUGUGUAUUCUGGUAUAUUCACCCAUUCAUUCGGGGUUUGCACCUGCACUUUUCCAACAAUGAUGCGGUGUCUUUCCCCGCACAGGUUCUCUCUGUUCCUGUCUCAAAUAACAAUCAAUUUUCCUUGUGCUCACCUCGCAGUUGAUCUUGCAAGCCUUCCUCACUCACCUAGCACAUGCACCUACAUUCAUAUAUCCUCCACCUCAAACCUUGCGCCCAUCUUCUACUUGCAUCCUUGUAUCUCGAAAUUCUUUUCACAGUCGAACCUAACCACCUCAGCUGCGAUGUGUUACUACAGUCAAAUUAACUUUUCAUGCGGGCAUCAAAGCACAGUAUCUUGUUGUUGCAGAUACAAAGGCACAUCAGCUUGUCUCCCCCAUCAACAGGGACCUGCCGUUAUUCCAUUCCUUUGCAGUCCUGGGUGCGUUGGUGUUUAGGGAACAUCGCCGCCAUCAGGCUACAGUGGUUGGAGCAACACCUUUGUGAUGCCUCAGGUGCCAGAUUAUGCGGGUUCUCCGUUAUAUCC